AUGAACACAACCAGCCCCUCCUCCUUGGGGACGGAGCCCACGCCCUUGAACCACACAGAAGGAAACGUGCCUGGAAGCUUCAACAGCAAGAUCCUCAUCCCCAACGUGGUGAUCAUCCUCUCCGCCCUGGUGGGGUUGGCAGGAAACAGUGUGGUGCUCUGGCUGCUGGGCUUCCGCAUGCGCAGGAACGCCUUCUCCAUCUACAUCCUCAACCUCGCCGCAGCCGACUUGCUCUUCCUCUGCUGCCACAUGAUCGAUUCCACGCUGGUCCUCGUCAAAUUCUCCUAUCCCGACAUCGUCUUCCUCCCCUGCUUCACGACCAUCAAGAUGUUCCCCUACCUCGCAGGUCUGAGCAUGCUCAGCGCCAUCAGCACCGAGCGCUGCCUGUCCGUCCUGUGCCCCAUCUGGUACCGCUGCCGACGCCCCAAGCACACCUCCACCGUCAUGUGCGCCCUGCUCUGGGUCACAUCUCUGCUCUUCAGCAUCCUGAACAGGUACUACUGCGGCUUCUUGGAUAAGAAGUAUGACAAUGAACAGUGUCUGGUGUCUAACUUUUGCACGGCUGCGUGCCUGCUGUUCUUAUUUGUGGUUCUGUCUGGGUCCAGUGGGGCCCUGCUGGCCAAAGUCCUGUGCGGUGCUGGGAAGAUAAAGUUGACCAGGCUGUACGUGACCAUCCUGCUCACCGUGCUGGUCUUCCUCAUCUGUGGCCUGCCCUUCGGCAUCCACUGGUUCCUGUUAAUAUGGAUUCAGAUUGACUUCAGCGCCAUCUCCUAUGGCCUCUAUCUGAGCUCCGUGGUCCUCUCCUCCGUGAACAGCUGUGCCAACCCCAUCAUCUACUUCUUCGUGGGCUCUUUCAGGCAGCAGCUGAAGAAGCAGACGCUCAAGCUGCUCCUCCAGAGGGCCCUGCAGGACACGCCCGAGGGUGAAGCAGGUGGAAGCAGCCUUCCUCAGGGCACCUUGGAGAUGUCCAUAAGCAAAGAGGAGCAGUGA